AUGGGCCAACUUCUUGCCUCACGCAAAUCAAGAAUCUGUCAAACAAUCCAAGACUCCACGGUUUCGCGCCCAACCCUCCGACUCGGGCGCCCGACUCACUCGCGACCCACCUUCGCUGACACGAGGUGCACCUGUCCCGGGGACGUGUGCAAAGCCUUUGGCGCCGGUGCCGACUUUGUGAUGCUGGGUGGUAUGCUGGCUGGCCACGAGGAAUGCGCGGGAGAGGCGUCCGGCGGCCGCGGGGCGAAGGGAAUGGGAUCGCUCGCAGUGGCGCUUCGGAUCCUCUCCACGCUGGCGGCCUCCACUCCGACUCCCUGCCCCGCUGCCGCGCCCGCGCUGGUUGCGCUGCCGCGGCGCGGUGCGGCGGCGUUGCCGUGGGUCCUGGCUGAGGUGGCCAAAGCUGCCACAGAGGACGAAGAGGUGCUCUCUCCCGACGCCGCCAAUGCGGAUUCACCCUGGAACAAACCACGGAUCUACAAAGCUUUUCGCCUGACGAAUGGCUUGCGGGUGCUCUUGGUGGAGGAUGAGUCCAUGGAACAGAUGGAUGUCGCCUUGACCUUGCCCUUUGGCCAGUUCGAUGAUCCAGCGGAUCGGCCCGGCUUAGCGCACCUGACGGAGCAUUUGCUGCUCUCGGAGAAGGACGCGGGAGAAGACUUGGAAACCUGGUUGGAGACGCGGUUUGGCGAGUCCAAUGGAUUCACGGCCUUCGAAUCAGCGCUCUUCACCCUCUCCUGCGAGGCCAGCGACUGGUCCUCCGCGCUGCCGCGCUUCGGCCGCUGCUUCCGCGCCGCGGACGCCGACGCGUCGGACGCCGCUGAUCCGCGCUUCGUGGCGUCCUCGGUGGCGCGAGAGGUGCGACGGAUCGAUGGCGAGUUCAUGGAUGGGCUCUCGGCCCAGCUGCGGAGUUUACAGCUCUUGAGAUGUCGGACGGUGGAAGGUCAUCCGCUAAGAGCUUUUGGCCCUGGCAGCAUGAAGACCCUGUUGCCCUUGGGAGAUCGUCCUGAAGACCUUCAGCGCUUGGCGAAGCUGAGCCAGGAGCUCUUCCGGAGUGUGGCCGCAGAGAAUGCCACCCUUGCCAUCGUCGCGCCGGUGCCCAUCGUGCAGCUGCGCCCCGUCGUCGCCGACGCCUUCGCGGGCCUCGCCGCCCGUGCGCCGCGCGCGGCGGAGCCGCGGACGGCGCGCAGCCGGGCCGAUCCGCUGCCUGCGGCGGAGACGGUGGCACCGUGCUUUGUCGUCGACACCAAGGAUGAUCCCGCCAUCAGUUUCACCUGGAGCAUCCCCUUCGAGGCGAAUUCAGCCGACGCGCUGGACGUGACCAGCUUCCGAGCAUCGAAGCCACUGGUGGUGUUGUCGCACUUGGUGGCGCAUCAGGGGCCCGGAUCUUUGUCAGCUUGGCUUCAGCGACAUGGAUGGCUUCCAGAGAACUUGGGGCCCAAGAUCACGGCUCAAAGCCCAUUCUGCACUGAGGGUUUCGCGAUCUGGGAGCUGAAGAUCAAGCUAUCCUCUUCAGGGUUGACCAACUGGCGUCGUGUGGCAGCCUGCGUCUUCGGUGUCUUAGCCGCCUUAGCCCAGCGCUAUGUGCGAGAUGCUCUGGGUGGUCCACGACGGGACCUAUGGCGGCAAGCCGUGGAUGAGGUGUCGACGUUGGCGGAUAUCGCGUGGCGCUUUCCGCCGCGGCCGCCCUUGGCCAGCGAGUUGGCCAAUGACAUGCGACAGAGCAAGAGUUCCAAGGCCUAUGUCUUGCAGGUUCGCCGCCUAGUGGCUCGAGAAGAGGCUGGUCUUGCAGUGGUGGGCCGUGCGGCGCGCUUCACCAGCUCCGCCGCCCAAGAGGAAGCCACCGAGGCCUUGGGCAAGGUCUUCCCCUCCCUAACGCCCCGCCGGGCACGCUUGACGCUCGCGACGAGCGCGACGUCUGCACGCCUGGGCCUUUGGGAGCUCCGGCGCCGCCGGGACGAGAACCUGCAGCUGCCCUUCGGUGAGCUGUCCUUCCGACGCACGGAGGCCGCGGAGUGGCUCACGAGUGGGCCGGCGUCAUGGUGGUGCGCGCCGCCCCUGAACGUCUACUUGUCCAGAGCGGAUAGGAUCAACAAGCCAAAGGCAAAGCCGGAUCCGAAGAUACCAGAGUCCAUCAAAAGCAAAACGGGCUUCAAUGGCGUUCUCUGGUCGGAAGCUUGUCGAGCUCGUUUAGUUCCGAACGCUGGAGCUUCUGCCAUCCCAGAAGCUUUGUGGGUGGUUCCCGGCUGUGUUUACGUGUCUGGACAGUUCAACGAGCGCGUUGAACCGCUGGGCGAUGAACCGGUGGUGACCUUGACCCUCUGGCUACCAGCGCAAAAUAUCCUGGAUGCAUCUCCCAGAUCUCGCGCAGCUGGACGGAUGUGGUUGAAAUCCUUACAAUUGGCACUCGAAAGCCCUUUCUAUUCCGCUGCCUUGGCUGGAUGUCGUUGGGAAUGUGCCUUCUUCACCACCUCUCCCAGCGAGGCAGGUGUCCGCUUCUCCUUCCAGGCCUUCUCCGACAACCUGCCGCGCUUCGCCACCGACGCGGCGCUGGCCAUCGGACGGCACACCGGGCCCGCGGCGGAGCAGCUGGAGGUGGUGCGCCGCAUGGCGCUGGCGGAGCUGACGAAGGGCGCCGCCAAAGGCGCCGCGGCCAGGCGCGCCGAGGCGGAACUGAAGUCCUUUUUGAAGCAGCUGAGGAUUGAAGAUGUUCAGCAGGAGUCUCAAGCCUUGUGGCGAAGCGUGGAUGGCGCCUCCUCUCAGGCCCUGGUGGCGGGCGCCAUCAGCGAGGAGGACGCAGCAGAGCUGGUGCGGCAGGUCGUGAGCACUCUGCCAAUCUCGCCGGGUGUCACCGCUCCAUUGGCCCCGCUGGACCCGGGGCCACGGCCUUGUGCGGUGCUCACGCGACGGCCCUCCUGGCAGGGGCCGGUGGCGCAGAAUCAGCACAAUGAACCUUGGAUUGAUGAACAACAGAUCCAACGUUUGUCUACCCAGCAGUCACCGGAUCUUCCUCGCUGUUUGCAGACCAUCGAGGAGAAUGGCCACUUCUUUAAGGUCUUCUACGGGAUGUCCAGCGACACUGCCAUGAAGAAGCAUGCGGGUGGUGUGGCAGAGUACCGGUCGUCCGAGGGCAAGACGGUGAAGGUGCCCUACCGUGGUCCCAUCGAUGAGACCAUCCGGGACCUGCAGGGAGGUGUACGCUCGGCAUGCACGUACGUGGGCGCCUCCACGUUGCGGGAGCUGCCGAAGAGGACGACCUUCAUCCGCUGCAGCCAGCAGUUGAACAAUGUUUUUGGUGAGGCGCCAGCAAAGGCGAACCCUCAUGAGUGCUUUCCUCCUGGAAAACGCUGGAGGACAGAAGACGGAAGCUUAAGGCAGAUCGAGAUGGGACAACGUGGUGAGAUGGGACGCUCCAAAGGUGACCGAUGCGGGGACCGUGAGCUCCGAACACCGGGGACCCUGGUGGACCGCGAGGAGAACCUGCAAAAGAAGGACAAAGGAUCAGAGAUGAUCAGAGACUUGGCAGAGCAAGAGCGGCAGUUCCACACCGUCUCCGAGAUCGUCCGAAGGAACGUUUGGGUGACCCGCUUUGGUGAGAAGAUGUACGAAGACCUGGAGGAUGCACGGAAGCUCACCGGUGUCAAGGAGAAGGUGGAGGACAGCGAAAAUGCCGGGAGAAACGAGGCGGCCAUCCCGCCCCUCUGCCAGUGCUGCGGAGACUGUGGGCCGUGGCAAGACCUUGGCCUACUUUGA